AUGGCGCGUAUAGCUCCCUACGCUGAACAGCACAAGCUCGAAAACCUCAAGGGCCCAGGAGAUUCUCGCCCUACAGCUGUUCAAAUCAUCGAAGAUCAGGGUCUUGUCGCAGAUCCCACAUGGAGUGGGCGAGUCGUCCUUAUUACUGGCUGUUCACCAGGUGGUAUAGGGCCCGAGACAGCUAGGGCUAUUCGCCUCACUGGAGCGGACAUUUAUAUCACAUCUCGUGAAUUAUCCAAAGGGAAGCAGGUUUCCGACGACCUCUUAGCUGAUGGAAAGCCUGGGAAAGUGGAAGUUAUUCAGAUGGAUUUGAGCUCUUUAGACAGCGUUCGAGCUGCGGUUAAAGAAUUCCUUCAGAAAAGCGGCAACAAACUCAAUAUUCUCAUCAAUAAUGCGGGAGUCAUGGCUUGCCCACAAGGGAAGACUAAGGAUGGGUUCGAAACGCAGUUCGGCAUAAAUCACUUAGCCCAUUUCCUUCUCUUCAACCUUCUUAAGGAUGCUUUAUUGGCGUCGGCAACCCCUUCCUUCAAUUCCAGAGUUGUCUCUGUAGCGUCUGGAGCACAUCGCAAUGGGGAAAUCAACUUCGAUGAUCUCAACUUGGAACACACCGAGUAUAACCCGAUCGUCCCCUAUCGCCAAUCGAAGUUGGCUAACGUUCUGUUCUCCAAUGAGCUCGACCGCCGAUACAAGGAGCAGAAUUUGCGAGGACUAAGCCUAAACCCUGGCGGUAUUCUUACGCCUCUCUUGCGACACUUGCCGUCCACGGAUUAUAUUCAUGCCGACAAAGAAUUGUCUGCCACUUUGAAGAAUCCGAGUCAGGGCGCGGCCACUACAGUUUGGGCUGCUGUGGCGAAGGAAUGGGAGGGCAAGGGAGGGGUUUACCUUGACGAGUGUGCUGAAGGAUGGCUUACCCCGGAAGAUGCUCCUUACUAUCACGGUGGCUACGCUCCGCAAGCUUUCGACCCCCCAACUGAAAAGAGGCUCUGGGAGGUGAGCUUGAAGCUAGUUGGCUUGAGCGAGUAA